UUCUAAUGGUGGUGUGAUAAUUGGAUUCAUACUCAAAAUGACAUUAAAGUUGAGUAUAUUUCUCCUGUGCAUGCUCAGCGUGGAUGUUAAAAGUGAGAAUGUGAACCCCAAGACAGCGUGGUGGCAGACUGGGGUCUUCUACCAGGUCUACGUACGUUCGUUUAUGGACAGCGACGCUGAUGGUGUGGGAGAUAUUAAUGGCAUAUUUACAAAAUUAAACUAUUUAAAAGACUUGGGAGUUGAUGCAUUGAUCUUGUCACCUAUUUAUAAAUCACCCAUGCAUGAUUUUGGAUUUGAUGUAUCCGACUUUUAUUCAAUCCAAUCAGAAUAUGGAAGUAUGGAAGAUUUUGAAAUACUCGUAAAGAAAGCGGAAGAACUGGACAUCAAGGUAAUAUUGGAUUUUGUACCGAAUCACACGAGUAAUGAGAGUGAAUGGUUCAUCAAGUCAAUGCAUCAAGACGAAUACUUUAAAAAUUGGUACAUUUGGGAAAAUGGACAUCUUGACGCUAGUGGUCAAAGAAGACCACCCAAUAAUUGGAUCAGUCCAUUCAGGAAAAGCGCUUGGAGCUACGCUCCCAGCAGAGACCAGUUUUAUUUGCACCAGUUUGGUGAGGCCCAACCAGACCUAAACUACAGGAAUCCCGUGGCUAUUGACGAGAUCAGGAACAUAAUCAAAUACUGGUUGGAAAAAGGUGUAGCUGGGAUGAGGAUCAGUUCAGCAAACUAUCUAUUUGAGACUGAUAAGGAAAUGUUCGGUGGUCGAUAUCCAAACGAGCCGCUGACUGGCAAGCCAGGGGUUGGUCCUGAUGAUUACGACUAUCUAGAACAUAUUUAUACAAAAGACCAAGAGGAGACUUAUGAAAUAAUGGCACAGUUCAGAGAAGCCUUUGAUUCAAUAAGUCUUCGAGAUAAUUUUACGAGAAUAAUGAUGACAGAAGCAUCCACGGGGAUAAAAAAUGCUGUGCGGUACUACGGAGAAGGUCUGCAUAUGGGUGCUCAUAUCCCUUUGAACUUUGCACUAGUGGAAGACUUGAAUAAGGAAUCAGAUGCGAGAGACAUCAAGUACGCUGUUGACAAAUGGCUCACGUAUAAGCCACUACGUAAAUCAGCUAAUUGGGUGACGGGAACGUACGACAAGAGUCGCGUUGCAUCACGUUUUAGACUAGAACUUGUCGACGCGUUCAAUAUGCUGGUACUUCUUCUGCCGGGGAUUGCUAUCUCAUAUAUGGGCGAAGAAAUAGGGAUGAUAAAUGGAUUCGUCCCUUGGACCGAAACUCGUGACCCGUUGGCCUGUAACACAGAUGACCCUGUCAACUUUAUUGAGGUCUCUCGUGAUCCUGUGAGGACUCCAUUCCAGUGGACGAAUGGAAAAAAUGCAGGAUUUUCUGAAGCUGACAAAACUUGGCUGCCGUUAGCGGAAGGCUUUGAAAAUAUAAACGUAAUGAGAAGCCAAUCAGCUGUUCGCUCACACUACCAAGUGUAUAGAUCACUAACCCUACUGCGCAAGCGCCCGGCGUUCCGUUUCGGAAGAUACGAGUCUCUCGCCUUAAGCAGUGACGUGUUUGCCUUUAAAAGGUGGCAUAACGAUGACGCUUAUAUAAUAGUUAUAAAUUUUGGUAGAAGUUAUCAAGUUGUAAACUUGUCAGCGUUCGAUUUGAUCUUUGGCCAUUUAGAAGUUGAAGUUAGCAGUGUGCUCUCAUCUAGGGCGUACGGUGAUAAUAUACAAGCAAAAUACUUGGAUUUGGCUGCAGACGAGGCACUCGUUCUUCGGAUGCAAGUUUAAUACAUAAAGAUACCUUUAAAUAUAGCUACUGAAAAUUAUUAUUUUUUUUUUCUUCCUUAUAUAUAUAUUGUCAUUGUUUAUUUUUAGUAACAUUUUUUGUAAAUCUAUUUUUGUAUAAUAAUAUUUAUUGAAUGCCACAUUUAGUUAUAUUUUGCUUUUAAAAUAUGUUACUAAAGCUCCUAACUUCACACAUUGGGGUCACUGAAAAUUAGUGUUGUGCUGAGUAUGUAUGGACACAACUAUAACUGAGUGGACUCCAGUUAUUAAGACCACUGCCAUAUUAAGUUUUGCUUUUCUUUUGUAUAAAGUAAGUUAAGUAUUAGAUUGUUGUAUGUGUCAGUUUUUCUUCCAAUAUAAAUUCAUAUCAUUUCAUUUUUUCAUAAAUAAUUGAAUGAAUAGGAACUUGAGUUGGAGAGUGAUAAUAUAAUUACAUUAUUGAAACUGUUCAUGUGAAACUCCAACACUUAUUG